UUUAUUCACUAAUGGACAUUUGUCUUCCAAAAUGGAAACAUCAACCCUCAUGAUUUGCUUCAAUCGAGGGAAAAAGGUACAAAAUUUGAGUGAAAACGCUUUCUUUCUCCCCGGUCAGCUUCUUCAAGUCUUGAUGCACUCAGAUCCCUAAUAUCCCACUUUCCAAAUCGCCUAAAAAUCUCUCUUUACCCUCAGAAAAAAAGAAACAUGAGAGCUGCAGCUCAUUACCUAAAUAAUCUCAAGCUCAUCCCCAUUUUAUUUUUAUUUUUCUUUUGUUUUCUUCUCUUAUUGAUAUUUGGAUCAAGUUUCCAAUCUUCCCUGCAAAUUUCUUCAUCAACACCUCCCAAAAACUCAGAUUUUCUCGAAGAAAAACAGUCAAGAAGUUGUCUAACUACUCCUCUAUCACCAGCUUGCACCAAAAUAACCCCUUCUUUAGCUCACGCUCUGGUUCACUAUGCAACCUCUAACAUCACGCCGCAACAAACUCCCAAAGAAAUCUCAGUAUCCCAAAGAAUACUUGACAAGAAGUCGCCCUGCAAUUUUUUAGUCUUCGGAUUAGGCCACGACAGCCUUAUGUGGACUGUACUCAACUAUGGUGGCCGCACAGUUUUCCUCGAAGAAGACAAGGCAUGGAUAGAACAGAUCAAGCAGCAGUUACCAUCCUUAGAAUCAUAUCAUGUAGUGUAUGACACUAAGGUCACUCAAGCUGGUGAACUCUUGGAAAUUGGCACAAAAGAAGAAUGUGAAGUUGUGAGUGAUCCUAGAUUUUCAAAAUGUCAACUUGCUCUAAAGGACUUGCCUAAUGAAGUGUAUGAUAUAGAAUGGGAUUUAAUCAUGGUGGAUGCGCCAACCGGAUAUCAUGAUGGGGCACCGGGGAGGAUGAAGGCAAUUUAUACAGCUGGAUUGAUGGCUAGGAAUAGGGAAAACGGUGAGACUGAUGUAUUUGUGCACGAUGUGGAUAGGGUAGUGGAGGAUAAAUUCUCAAAGACCUUUCUGUGUGAACGGUACUUGAGAGAAGAAGAAGGAAAGAUAAGGCAUUUCACCAUACCAAGUCACAGGGUAGGCCUGGCUAGACCUUUCUGUCCAUAGAGAUUUAGUUGAUUCUGCUGUGAAAUUUUACCGUAGUAUAAUUGCGAUUCUCUUCAUGAACAGAUGUUUAUUGCCAGUUGAGGUAAAUUGAAGAGGGACUUAGGGUUUUAUUUGCCUUUUAUUAUUCAAUUUCAUUCCAAUUGAUGUGUGUGUCAAAAGUAAAAAGAUUACAAGUGAAAAUGAUCAUCAAUUCAUCAUUCUCUUC